AUGAUCGGAGAAACUCUGGAUCGAGUUCAUAAACAUACUUACCUUGGAGUAACGAUUUCUGCUGAUCUUACUUGGAAAUCACACUAUCAGCGAAUAGUCAGCAAAGCAAAUAAGAUUCUUGGUACCCUUCGAGGAAAUAUCCAUCAGUGCAGCUCUGAUACCAAAGGGAAAGCUUACAAAGCUCUUGUUCGUCCACACCUGGAGUAUGCGUCUGCUGUUACUCUGAUAAGACAAGGAGCUGGGGUCAAUAAGGAGGAUAAUAAUGGUCGGACUGCAUCACAAAUUGCUGCUUCCGACUGUCAUAUUGACGUCAUCAAAUAUCUGAUCAGUGAAGGAGCUGAGGUCAAUAUGGAGGAUAAUAAUGGUUGGACUGCAUUACACAAUGCUGCUCAAAAUGGUGAUAUUGAAGUCAUCAAAUAUCUGAUAAGUCAAGGAGCUGAGGUCAAUAAAAAGGAUAAUGAUGGCUGGACUGCAUUACACCGUGCUGCUAGGUUUGGUCGAAUUGACGUCUUGAAAUAUUUGAUCAGUGAAGGAGCGGAGGUCAACAAGGAGGAUAAAGUUGGUCGGACUGCAUUACACAGGGCUGCUUUCAAUUCUCAAAUUGACGCCAUCAAAUAUCUGAUCAGUGAAGGAGCGGAGGUCAACAAGGAGGAUAACGUUGGUCGGACUGCAUUACAAAUUGCUGCUUCUGACUGUCAUAUUGACGUCAUCAAAAAUCUGAUCAGUAAAGGAGCUGAGGUCAAUAAGGAGGAUAAAGAUGGUCGGACUGCAUUACACAAUGCUGCUCAAAAUGGUGAUAUUGAAGUCAUCAAAUAUCUGAUAAGUCAAGGAGCUGAGGUCAAUAAAAAGGAUAAUGAUGGUUGGACUGCAUUACACCGUGCUGCUAGGUUUGGUCGAAUUGACGUCUUGAAAUAUUUGAUCAGUGAAGGAGCGGAGGUCAACAAGGAGGAUAAAGUUGGUCGGACUGCAUUACACAGGGCUGCUUUCAAUUCUCAAAUUGACGCCAUCAAAUAUCUGAUCAGUGAAGGAGCGGAGGUCAACAAGGAGGAUAACGUUGGUCGGACUGCAUUACAAAUUGCUGCUUCCGACUGUCAUAUUGACGUCAUCAAAAAUCUGAUCAGUAAAGGAGCUGAGGUCAAUAAGGAGGAUAAUAAUGGUUGGACUGCAUUACACAAUGCUGCUCAAAAUGGUGAUAUUGAAGUCAUCAAAUAUCUGAUAAGUCAAGGAGCUGAGGUCAAUAAAAAGGAUAAUGAUGGUUGGACUGCAUUACACCGUGCUGCUAGGUUUGGUCGAAUUGACGUCUUGAAAUAUUUGAUCAGUGAAGGAGCGGAGGUCAACAAGGAGGAUAAAGUUGGUCGGACUGCAUUACACAGGGCUGCUUUCAAUUCUCAAAUUGACGCCAUCAAAUAUCUGAUCAGUGAAGGAGCGGAGGUCAAUAAGGAGGAUAAAGAUGGUCGGACUGCAUUACACAAUGCUGCUCAAAAUGGUCAUAUUGAAGUCAUCAAAUAUCUGAUAAGUCAAGGAGCUGAGGCCGAUAAGGUGGAUAAUGAUGGUUGGACUGCAUUACACCGUGCUGCUAGGUUUGGUCGAAUUGACGUCUUGAAAUAUUUGAUAAGCCAGGGAGCUGAGGUCAACAAGACCGAUAAAAGUGGGUGGACUGCAUUACACAGGGCGGCUUUCAAUUCUCAAAUUGACGUCAUCAACAAUCUGAUCAGUGGUGGAGCGGAUGUCAAUAAGGAGGCUAAAGAUGGUCGGACUGCAUUGGACAUUGCUGCUUCCGACUGUCAUAUUGACGUCAUCAAAUAUCUGGUCAGUAAAGGAGCAGAUAUCAAUAAGGAGGCUAAAGUCGGUAGGACUGCAUUAGAAAUUGCAGCUUCCAAUUGUAAUAUUGACGUCAUAAAAUAUCUGAUCAGUCAAGGAGCAGAGGUCAAUAAGGAGGAUAAUAUUGGUCGGAUUGCAUUACACAGUGCUGCUAGGUUUGGCCAUAUUGAAAUUACCAAAUAUUUGAUCGGUGAAGGAGCUAAGGUAUAUAAGAAAGAUAAAAGUGGUUGGACUGCAUUACACAGUGCUGCUUCCAAUGGUCAUAUUGACGUCAUCAAAUUUCUGAUCCGUGAAGGAGCUGAGGCCGUUGAGGAUAAUAAUGGUCGGACUGCAAUACACAGUGCUGCUUCCAAUGGUCAUAUUUGCGUCAUCGAAUAUCUGAUCAGUGAAGGGGUUGAGGUCAAUAAGGAGGAUAGUAAUGGCUGGGCUGCAUUACAUAUUGCUGCUGAUGAUGGUGAUAUUGAAGUCAUCAAAUGUUUGAUCAGUAAUGGAGCUGAGGUCAAUAAGGGGAAUAAUGAUGGUCAGACUGCAUUACACAUUGCUGCUGAGAUGGGUCAUAUUGACGCCAUCAAAUAUCUGAUCAAUGAAGGAGUUGAGGUCAAUAAGGAGGAUAAUAAUGGUCGGAAUGCAAUACACAUUGCUGCUUCCAAUGGUCAUAUUGACGCCAUCAAAUAUCUGAUCAGUGAAGGAGUUGAGGUCAAUAAGGAGGAUAAUAAUGGUCGGAAUGCAAUACACAUUGCUGCUUCCAAUGGUCAUAUUGACGCCAUCAAAUAUCUGAUCAGUGAAGGAGUUGAGGUCAAUAAGGAGGAUAAUAAUGGUCGGAAUGCAAUACACAUUGCUGCUUCCAAUGGUCAUAUUGACGCCAUCAAAUAUCUGAUCAGUGAAGGAGUUGAGGUCAAUAAGGAGGAUAAUAAUGGUCGGACUGCAUUACACAGUGCUGCUUCCAAUGGUCAUAUUGACGCCAUCAAAUAUCUGAUCAGUGAAGGAGUUGAGGUCAAUAAGGAGGAUAAUAAUGGUCGGACUGCAUUACACAGUGCUGCUCCCAAUGGUCAUAUUGACGUCAUCAAAUAUCUGAUCAGUGAAGAGGCUAUGGUCGAUAAGGGCGACAAGGAAGGGACAACUGCCUUACAUAUUGCCGUUCAGAAUGGUUGCAUUGACGUUGUUAAAGUCCUACUUACAGGGGGAGCAGGUUGUGAUGUAGAAGACAUUCACGGUCAGACACCCUUACAUCAAUCGCUUUUACAUGGGCACAGAUAUAUUGCUGGUCUUAUUUUCGACAGCGGUAAUGCUAAGGUAGGUAAUUCAUAA